AUGGAUCAGCUGCUGCUCGGUCGGAUACGGAUGUGGAUUUUCAUCUCAAUUCUCGGUCUGACAUUCAUUGACACCGCCAAGGUGUCGUUCUACGGCGCAAGCCAUAUCACGCUGCCGAUGCAGGAGUCGAAGAUCUCCACCAACAUACGGUUGCGGUUUCGCACGAGGCAGGAUAACGCACUGAUAUUGCUGACGUCGGGACGCACCGACUACGCUCUGCUGACCAUCGACGGUGGUAAAAUAAGGUUUAGCUUCAAAAUAGACGACUACCAGACGGAUCUUUGGUCACCCGUGACGAUGAAGAUCAACGAUCUCCAGUGGCAUGACAUUUCAAUUUCGCGCUACGCGGCCAACCUAACGCUACAAAUCGACGAGUACUUCGCCACAAAAACGCUCCCACCGAAGGUGAUGGAACUGAACGUACACCUGGGCGUACUGAUCGGUGGUAAGGGCGACUACAACGAGCCAUACCUGAGCGCUUUGCCGAGUUUUCGGGGGUGCAUUGCUGAUGUGUUUUACAACAACAUAAACAUAUUCAAACGUGCCCGUGAAGGUAUGGGCCACGCGACAAAUCACGAUGUCUCGUGGAUAUGUUCACCAGAAUUCGAUGCGGAUGGGAACGUUCCGAUCAGCUUCCUCGACGACGACAGCUACAGUGUGCUGCGUAAACCAACUUCACGAUCAGGCGAUCGGUGGAGUUUUGAGUUUCGCACGAUCGAACCAUUCGGUACGCUACUGAGCAACAUUCCGCGCUCGACCAAGCACGACUACGUGAUGCUGGAGAUCGUGCAGAGCAAGCUGAGGUUGCUGGUUGGGAAGGGAUCGAACGCGGUUGAACUGAUCCCGGAUCGGAACGUUUCCGAUGGCAAGUGGCACAACGUGUCCAUUACCUACAGUCCGAUGUUGGUCGAUAUCAUGGUCGAUGAGACGAGCAACAGUGCUACGUUCGCGAACGGAAGCAGCCUAGCGAUCGAGCUGGAGGAGGACUUUUACAUCGGUGGUCUUGAUGCCGAGCGACACCGGAAAGCGCCCAUGAAAUUGAUCCGCGAAACCGUAUCCAGCUUCAAGGGUUGCAUGCGAGCGAUCGUGCUGGACGAUCAGGAAGUGGGGUUUCCGAAUUUUCGAGUCACGCAUCACGUGACGGUGGACUGCGUGUGGAAGUACCCCUGCAUCGAGAAGCAACCGUGCAUCAUCAGCUCCCAGUGCCAGCACCAGGGAAUCGAGGACUUCAUCUGCUACUGCGAUCAGGCGUACUGCAUCAAGGCGGACUAUGGCGAAAGGUACAAGAUCUUCACUCGGUCGAUGUCCCGCGUGGAACUCGAGCUGCUCGAAAUCAACCCAAUGGAGGUGAUGGAAGGUGGCAUCGCUUUUUUGUCACGCGAGUUCAUCAGCGUGUUGUUUGAUUAUCCCGAAAUGGGUGUGAAGGAGGCCUCGAUCAUCUUCCACAUUGUGCAGCCGCCGAAGCACGGUCGCGUGACUAUCUCCUCGUACGGUUCGGAAAGCAACGGAACGGUGACGCAGACGAAGUUUUUCUCACACAUCGACCUCAGCACGGAUAAGGUGAAAUACACGCACAACGGUGAUGAACACCCGACAGAUCACAUGACGAUCGACAUGCAGCUGAUGUCGUUUUCGCGCGAAUCGAAGCUGCCUGACAUCUCCGGUAAACACCGGUUCGUCCUGCACGUCAACGUGACACCUGUGAACGACCCGCCGGUGUUACAGCUGCCACCGAAUCGACAUAUUCGUAUCACCCAGGGUAUCCCCAAGGCGAUCGGGACUGACGUGCUGAAUGCGGAAGACCCAGACAGCUCUCCAGAAUCGCUCAUCUACACCAUCCUGAUGAGCCCCAACUCAGAGGCUCAACAGGGACGCGUCGAGGUGAACGGGAAAGCUGUGUCGACGUUCGCUCAGUCUGAUAUUAACGCGGGCAGCGUCACGUACGUGAUCAACACGAAGGGUUCGGAGGAUUCCCACUUCGACCUAACGGUGCAGGUGUCCGACGGUAUGGAGACGAGCCCGGCAAGCUCGGUCCGGAUUUCUGUGCUCCCGCUGCAGCUGAGAAUGAUCAACAACACGGGGCUGGUGUUGAUCCACAAGUCCGCUGCCACGAUCACGCCAUACAACCUGUCGUUUGUGCCAAAUGCAGAAGAAGAGAACGUCGACAUGAAGUUCGAUGUAGUGCAGUCGCCUUUGUACGGAAACCUGCAGAAGCUACGAACCGUAGAUUCGUCGUGGGUGAAUGUGGAUUCCUUCACCAGCAGUCAGGUGAUGCUGGGACAAAUUCGCUACUUGCAUGUUACAGAUUUCCCCCAGCACGAUGAGUUCAAGUUUACGGUAUCCUUGGGACCAGUAACUACUUCAACGUACGAUUUUCGAAUAUCCUUUACGAAACUGCGCAUCGGUAUCGUCCGACAGACCAACAUGCACAUCAACACUAAAGACAACACUAUACGAGCGGAGUACCUUUUCCACCAAACGACCCCGAUCGUGACACUUGCUCGGAACGUUAUCUACACCGUCGUAACGGCACCAAAGUUUGGGGUGAUCUACGUCGAGGGACAUCCACAAACGGCUCGGCCAGGUCACUCAUUCACGCAGCAUGAGAUCGAUAAGAACAUGAUCAAAUAUCGAACGUACCGAUCGUCGUACGGUAGCUUCAUCGAUACGUUCGAGUUCGUCGUAUCUGUACAGGAGUGCGAAGAUGUGCAAGGAAAGGUGAACUUUAUCUACACCCCACCCGACUACCUGGCGAAGCAGAUCAUCUAUCAGAAGCGUGAGAAGUUGUACGUGCACGAAGGAAACAAGACGUCACUUUCAAGGACCAACUUUGAGGUGUACUUCAACAAGUUCAACUACCUCUCCUUUAACCUAACGCACCACCCGAAGCACGGAAAGAUUUGUCUCAUAAACCCGCGCACGUUCGAGGCGAAGGAUAUUGCGACGUUUACACUGCAGGAUCUGUUCCUCGGUGACAUACACUACUGUCACGAUGAUUCCGAAUCGACUCGGGAUAGCUUCCGGUUGCUGAUCCUGUCCGACGAUGAAACCGACUUUCAGUUCGUGUGUGAGAUCCAGGUGGAGAUCACGCUGCAGAACGAUAAUGGCCCGUACCGAGUGUUCGACAAAGUGUUUCACAUUGUGCGUGACGAGACGAAGCUACUGACGGCGGGUGAUCUAAAGUACGCCGAUCCAGACAUUGAAACGCGCCCGAACGAUAUCGAGUAUCGGUCGGUUAGCUGCACCAACGGUGAGCUGUACAGGAACGGUAAAACAACGGAACAGUUCUCUCAGGAUGAUCUCGAUCACGGGCGAAUGCUGUUCAUGCACAACGGCACAGACAACGGAAAGGUGUCGUUCAUCGUGACGGACGGGCUAUACGAAGUGCCCGGAUCGCUGGAGAUUGAAGCAUCCGAUCCGUUCCUUAGAGUACGGGAAAGCAACGCCUCCAUCGUGCAAGAAGGCCGAGCCGUCCUGUUGACCAGCAAAGAUCUCAACAUCGACACAAACUUAAACGCAAAACCACACGAGAUCGAGUACCGCGUGGUAGAUGGGCCCAAUAAUGGGUUACUGAAAAUGUUUGUCCCAAAGUUUGACACCGGUCAACUGCAUCGGUUGAAUAACGCUUCGACGGCGUUCAAUUUCUCGCACGCGGACGUUCUCACUGAUCGGAUCGUGUACUGGAAUCGAGAUGUGGCGUCAAUGGACAGAAUUAAAUACCGCGUUGGAACGAAAGGUGUGUGGACUGACGGAGAGGUUAUGAUACGGAUCUAUCCUCCAGCGUACUGGGAGCAGUUGCGCAUUCGACGCAACCAAACUCUGUUCGUCGAGGAGUCCACUAGUGUCAUCAUAUCACGGGACGUGCUAGAGAUUGUUCAUCCUAAUAUUUCGCCGGGUGAUAUCACAUACCUGGUGACGACACAACCCCAACACGGUUAUCUGGAGAUACAAUCGAUCACUUCAGACGAUGAGUACAACUCCAAGGUGUUUGAUCAGUCGACAGUCAACGCAGAGAAGAUGUUUUAUAUCCAAGCAGGCGUGAACCAGUCGACCGAUUGCUUCACGUUCGAUGUUACCAAUGGCAUUACGUGGCUGAGGGAUCUUAUGAUGAAGAUCGUCAUUAUACCGGAGCACUUGUAUGUCCAAUCGAACGAGAUUAUCGUUGAAGAAGGAAAGACAGUGAAGCUUGAACCGGAAGACAUGGUGCCCUUCUCGGAGUACUACAUUGGCAAGAUCCUCGAAUACAAGAUAUUGGAUCAUCCGAUGCAUGGUAGCAUACGUGCGGGCAAGUCCUCCAAGGUGAACCGCUUCACGCAGAAACAGCUGGAAGCGGGAGUGAUCACAUACGUGCACAAUGGUAGCGAAAACUCCUCUGACACAAUACGAUUGGUGGCGUUGAGUCGUAACAAGGAGAGCAUACCAUUCAUCUUGGCUAUCAAGAUUCUUCCCAUCAACGAUGAGGUACCGCUGCUUGUCACCAACACCGGACUGCACAUGUGGAUUGGUGGAAAAUCCAUGAUCGGAAGCAAUGAUCUAAUGGCUCGAGAUUAUGAUACUCCGCCGGAAAAUCUGACGUUUUACAUCCAGCAAAUGUCCGGCGGUUACGUGGCGUUCAAGGAUAGUUACAACAAGAAAACACAUUUGUUCACGCAGCAGGACAUCGACGGUAAUAUGGUGUACUUCAUUCACGACAGCAGCAACCAAAACGGAAAGGUCGUGUUCUACGUGAGCGACGGUGUGCACAACACCUCAGAGAGCGUCCUGCAUAUCGUCACCAACCCGGUAGCUCUGGAGUCGAUCCGAAACGAAGUGCUGCACGUGUUUCCGCUGACACGCAAACAGAUCCUGCCGGACCAGCUGUACUACAAGUGUUCGGAUGAUGAUCGCGACGUGAAAUACGUGGUGACGAUACCUCCUCAGAUGGGCAGGCUUCUCUUCGAACAGGUGGAGUUUGGCUACUCGAACGAGAUAAGUGAAUUCACACAGUACGACGUGGAGAACGGCAGAAUCUUCUACGAGCACACACACCCGAUGGUCGAACUGAAGACGAACGAUUCGUUUUACUUCGACGUGACGGCUCCGUUGUCGAACAGUUUGGUCGAUCAGAUCUUCAACAUUGAUGUGUCAGUAUCGUCGGGUGGGUUGCUGCGGUUCCUGCCCGUUCCCCGGAUCACCAUCGAAGAAGGUGAGUCCGCUCCGAUCAAGCUGGACCUUUCGAAGGUGCUGGAGUACUUGGAGACACGUGCAGGCAUCGGUGCACCAGAGCUGUACAUCGAAGUACAUCCACCGGCACACGGGCUGGUGGAGCUGGAAGACGAGAGCCCCGAAGUGAACCGAUUCUCACUGAACGAUUUCUACUCCAACAAGGUGAUCUACAAACACGAUCACUCGGACACGACGGAGGAUAAGGUGUCACUCGCCGUGUUUCUGGUGCCAGGUCAUUUGUUUCUCUGCAACAUCACCAUUCCAGUGACGAUCAAUCCCGUCAACGAUCAGCCAUUCCAUCUGCUAACGCCUUCGCCUCACAUCUCUGUGAUUGAGGGUGAAAAUGAGACGAUCACUUCGACGCAUCUGCUCACGGAGGAUGCCGAUACUGACCCGCGGGACAUCGUGUACGAUGUGAUCAGUGGGCCGAAUUUGGGCGUGUUGCUCAAAAUAUCGGACGAGGGCUACCCACAAGACAUCAUCACGUACGGGAACCAGUUCACGCAGGCGGACAUCAACGAGAACCGCAUCAUCUACACGCACUCGGGUAACCCGCAGUCGACCACGUUCUACUUCAAGGUAUCGGACGGCAAAUUCAAACCCGCGUAUGAGAUCUUCAACAUCAAGAUCCUCCCAAUCACCAUCCUGCCCGGGUUCGGCAGUCAUCCGAUUCUGGUACAACAGGGCUCGAAUCUGGGCGUGCUAGAACCAAGACACGUCUCUGUGGAGACCAACGUGCAGAAGAACCGGAUCAUGUACAACAUAACGAAAAACCCACUCGGUGGUAUCAUCAUAUUCAACAAUAAGCCGAUUCUGAAGUUUUCCCAGCGGCAACUCGAAGACGGCAAGAUCGGCUACAUGCAGACGGAUAUGAGCCGCUCGAACGACACCUUCCAGCUGGACGCGUUCAUCCCCGACACGACAUCUGCCUGCCUGAUCGAGGUGAACAUGAUCGUGCAGCCGUUCAUUAUCAUCAACCCGAUAACGAUCACACCGGGUGACCGGGUGCGUCUUAGCUCAACCUUUAUCUUCGACAAUCCGGCUCAGCUGAAGCUGAACCGGUACAAUCCCAAAAUAACGAUCACUCGCCGCCCAAAAUACGGCCGACUGAAGAAGAUCGUUCGCAGCACCGGCCUGGACUAUGCUGAGCAGCAGAGUGACAAAGAAAUCAGCUCCUUCACGUACAAGGAACUGAAGAGUGGUGUCAUCUACUAUUCCGCGCGGAAGUUCAACCAGGACUUCCAGUCGAUCAACGACAACUUCGAGUACGUACUGUCCACGAAGACGGCUCAACCCGGCCAGGGCACGGUGCCUAUUGAGAUAUAUUCACCCUCGCGAUCGCACGAUGACGAUAAUGAAGUCAACAUCGUCACCACCGAGUCUGUUAUCCCGCUAGACUACGUCAUUGCCGUAUGUGUCGCCGUGGCGGCGAUCGUGCUCAUACUCAUCACCAUACUGAUGUUCAAGUGCCGCUCCAAAUCCACCCACAAGAGUAACGACCUUGACAAGGACAAUCCUCCCUCAUUGCCACGACCGCCUGACUUCAUGACACUUAACAACCGCAUGUACACUCCCUCCGAGAACGAGUCCUUGCCAGUGACAAACUCGUCCACACCGUUACCCAUCAUCAGCAGCAUUCCGCACUGCAAGGUGAUACCGAUAGGUGGGCUGGACAACACGCUCCAACUUGACUCUGAAACGGAUGACAUGAUGGACAUGCACGGGGAACUACUGCCUAGCAUGGUGGGUCACGGGUACCGGUACGGGUACGGUGACGAGAAUGACGAGUGGAGCUCGUCCUGUGACGUCGGUCCAGACGUAAACUACUCGACGAUAUCACAACCUCAGCAGCAUCUCUUAAUGCAACAGCAUCAGCAGCUGUUACCACCUCACCAGCAGCAACACCUGCAACAACAGCAGCAACAGUUACAGCAGCAACCCCUAUCAACACCCCAACUUGCCAAGGCGAACCCGCUGUUACGCCGCAACCAGUAUUGGGUCUAGUGAAGAUCCUAGCAACCAUCGUCUCGCUUUCGUACAAAGCUCGAUGGCGUCGGAGCGGGAUUUAGCACAUUCGAUGAUUGAAUUUUGUAAAUAAUGCCGAUGAGUUCGCGUGCUUUCUGGCGGCACUACAUGGUGUCCCGCUGUGCCAUAUGCCAUUCCGGGCGAACGGAUAAAGGAUAGUGUAUUUAAAUUGUAAAAAUAGCGUCAUUUAUUUUAUGUUUUCCAUCAUCAUCUUCUCCCAGAGCCUACUGUUUGCUGUCUUCCUUCUAAAAAUAAAACAAAACAAAUACGGCAAGGAUUUCGUCGAUCGAUCCGCUAUGCAAUCGAUACGGGGAGAUACUUUAAUUCAAAUCCUAGUGAAUCUUGCGGCACCACUUAUCCGCUACUAUGCAGGGAACGCGUAGGGCGUGUAGGACGUUCCCCGAAAGGUGCUCAGUGCGUCCUAUCCUUAACAGACAUAGAUAUAGACGAGAAUGAACGGUUUGAUCGAAAUAUAUGCUAGCAAAAGGAUAAUAAAAUCGAUUCAGUGACACUUUAAUACUGCGAUAAAAAUGAUUCUACACCUUCAGUCCUCAAGUCCUUUUUUACAUGAUAAGUCCUCAAUCGAAUUGCACUUUUUGAACUUACGCUUUCGGGCAAAGGUUUUCAGGCACAAUGACGGAGUAUGUGUGAAUGGAGUAUGGUAUGGAGUUCAACUUAAAGUAAUAGUACG